CCAAUGUGGUAACCGUUCUAUGCACUCAUAGUUGUCAUUCUUGCAUUCUUUCGGCUUUUGUGGUUUCAUUGAGUGCGAAUCAAUGUACUGGGUCUUUGGGAGACCCGUGUCUCCAACCGCUCGUUCCCUUUCUCAGAACUCUUUUCUCUCUGGGCAACUGUCUCAUCAAGUGUUUUUUUUUUUCUUCGUGUUAUUCAAAUCAUACCGAGCCUUGGUACUUCAAAUUCUGUGGUGAAGUC